AUGGCCUAUGAAACGAUAUAUUCGAAUCGAGAUAGUGGACGGGACUAUCGUAACGGUUCUCGCCAUGCUGAACAUGCAUAUGAAAAUUCCGUUUCAAGAAAACGUUAUCGGGAUGUUCCAUUCCAGUCACGAAUGCCUUUCGAAAAUGAUCUAAAAGAUAGGGAAUAUGACUACUACAAUCCAAACAAGGAAUAUGUUUCCCCCAGUAAAGAACUUCGACGUAGUAAACAUGAUGUAGAGAAGUUUCGCCAAGACCCGCGGUACAGUCGUGAUUCAAACACUAGUCCUGUUCCGAAAAAACGUAGUAAAAUGGACAGUCGAGUCGAAUCAUCUCCUCCCAAACCAUCUCGUGUACUUGGUGCUUUUGGAUUGUCUAUGCGUACCGAGGAACGGCAUUUGUAUGACAUAAUGAAAAAGUACGGCGAAAUAGAGGAGAUAAAACUUGUUCAAGAUAAUUUAUCUGGGCGUUCACGUGGUUUCGCGUUUAUAUAUUUUCGGUCUAUUGAAUGUGCUCGUUCAGCGCGCGCUGCAUGCGCUCGAGGUUUGGAACUACAUGAUCGUAUUGUUCGCAUUGAUUACAGCUACACUGAGCGACCACACAAUCCUACACCUGGAAUAUAUAUGGGCAAAGAAAAACGGUAAAUUUUCAUAGUACAAUAAGGAUGGCUUAAAUAUUAUUCAUGCAUAUAUUGUAAUCUGUGGUUUGCGUAUUCUUUGUGUUGUCGUACAUUUGCACCCCAUUUCAAUUAUGUGCUUCUCUAGCUUUCUUGUUCACUGAUAUUGAUAAUAACAACUAAAAACCGGGAUUUGGUUUCAGCUUUGAAUAUGAAAAUAACUUCAGCUAAUCUACAGUUGUCCAUCUGCUCGUAAAUGAAAUACCUACCUUUUUAUAUAUAAAGAGUGUUUAUGUUUGUUUCUUCAUACAUUUUGAAGAUACAUAAGGAGUACUGUACUCAUACUGAUGGUUUAUUAAAAAAUACUCAACAUCAGACAGAGAACCUGAAAAUAUCUAGAUGAAGAUUACUGAAAAAAAGAUGCAAAAACUAUUUCUAACGGAUUCAUCUUGUUCUUGAACAUCGUCUCAUCAUAUCCAGUCUGUUGUUACUGUGUAUCUAAUGUCCUUUACAAAUUUCAGAACAGUGUUAUCAAGAAACUACAUGUAGAGGAAAAAGUUAAAAUUCCAGCACAGUUCAUCGACUCAACACUCCACAAUAACCUUACAAAAAGGGAAAAUAAAUUCAAAAACAUAAGAAUCAUUCGAAUAGGACACAAGAAAUGUCAUCUCUCUGUGUGUUAAGAAGAUUUACUCAUAAGAAAACAAUGUAAUGACACCUCAUUGAUCUUAAGACCGGGAAAUACUGAAUGCGAUUCUUGUCAAUAAUUUUUGUUGACGAAAUAUUUUUUCAUUGACUGAUUUCCAAUAUCUCAACAAAUUCCCACGGAAGACUCAAAUUUCCAUAUAUAAAUUUAUGAUCAACAACCAUUGACUUCAUGUCUUGGUGGUUAUAAUGAAUACAUUUUCCUAAUGACCUAAUCACACUAGUCAAAAUCUUAUGUACAGAUUACUUAACCAACAUUCAUGUUGACUAGUUUAAAUUUAUUUCAAAACAUUUAAAAUAAAAUAGCAAGAUUUAUGAAACUUUUCGUGUAUUUAUGUAUGUAUACAAGACAAUAGUGCGACAACCUAAGUCAGGCAGCCAUAAUCACUGUUAAAUUUGUCAGACUUUGAAUCUAUGUAGGUUGCCAUAACAUGGCUUUUAAAUGAGUGGAAUGGAUAAGGCGUGGUGUCAUAUUAAACUCAAUAAUAUGUAUGCUAAUCUACUCUGUUUUAUCGUAAAUUUCCAUUUUGUUAACCUCCAUCUGGGUAAAACGUUUCAGAUGAGAGAGAAAACUUACGCAUUGUAUCUAAGGCAUCUUAUUUUUUAUUUAUGAAUUAAUUUCAUAAUGAAUCUAGAUGAAUUCCAACCAGAUAUGAAUGUUAAAUGGGAAUGCAAGAAUUCAAGAACUCUUAAAACACCACAAUUGAUUUUUACAUAAUUUUUAUGAAAUACUGAUGACUCCAAACCAAUAAAAUAUUUAUAAGUUUACUCACUAUAUUUUAACAAUUUUUGCAAGAUUGUUUACAAAUCAAAGAAUACAAAAUAAUUUUUCGCUUUUAGAAUGAUUACUGUGAGAAUGGUUAACAAGCUGAAUACAUAAAAUAUAAAACGUCUAAAUCAUCUCAUUUGGUAAACAUCAACUCUAUGUAGAAGUUGAUAUUCUUGUAUACUAUGGAAUAGCUGUGUCUGUCAGUCAUAAUUAAUGUAGAGUCGGGCAAAAAUGUAGAUUGAAGCAGAAAUUAACAAGCUAAAUGGCAAAAGAACCAUAAUCACUUAGUAGCAAUGGUAAUGCGAAAAACUAAAUGUUGAGAAUACGAUAUAAAAUGACAAAAUGGAAAGGUAUAUAUGAAGCAACACUGGGACUCAAUAGUGACAAAAAACAAAAUGAACGCAUCUGAGUCACGUCGCACAAAGUCCUCAAUAAUCAGUAGUCAAAGUAAAGAGAUACUAAACUUCUGCAUACAACUCAAUGCUACGUAAAACUAUCUAUCUUACAACUAGUCUUCAAAUUUUCGGUCGGUGUCAUGGCACGAAGUCAAGCAUGUGACUAACAAUAUCACAUCAAGCAUCCCUUCUGGUAUCUUCAAUACUUAGUUAACAUCUCGUUCCUGCAUGUUCCAUGUACUUAGUAUACAACCUAUGAUACAGUUACCGAAUAAUGGAUUAUGUUUCGUUCUCAAUAAGUGUACAUAUGGCAGUUUCCUACUUCAACAUUCACCAAAAGGAAAGACGCUAUACCUCAUGUGAAGUUUUGACAUGUUCUGAUUGGACGUAAAAAGCCAGUUCUUCAAACAAAUUUAAAUAUCCAGAGGAUAGCAAAUCUUACCUCAACAAUUAUUUUAAGUGUAAAGGCCAACUUUCUAAUUUAUAACAUACGACUGAGGAAAAUGCAAGAUCAAAUCAAGAGGAUCUUACAGAUGCCAGUUUGAUGACAACAUAUACAACUCAAAAUUUCAGAAUCCAAUAGUUACUCAACAUAAACAAAAUGAAACUGGAUCCUAUAUGCAACAUUUUCAACAUGUUUUCAGUUCUAUCGUCCAAAACUUAAACAAGACAAGACACUGAAUUUCUGCUGUACAUUAGCGUUAACAUUAUGUUUCAUGGUUUUUCGCGCUGAUAAUGUUUUUAUAUCUCAGCGAACGUGAAUUUUCAUUCAUAACUAAGACCAUUUCAUCUCAUGGUUAUUGUAGUUAUCAAGCAGUUGAAAAAACUUUCUGCAGUUUUACUAAAUAUGCUUUGGAUUUGGAAAAUAAUUAUUAGAAGCUGUUGUCACUGAAUCAUCUUUUCAUUGCCUACUUAUCGUUCGCGAAUUCAAGAGUGUGACUUGGAAGUGUUCUAUAAUUGACAGCAGCGAUAAGAAAGCAAUUCUUUCAUCUUGCGAUAUUAUUACAUCCGUUUCGUAACUACAGAUCUUAAGCAUUGUUCUUGUGCGGAAUUUCGAAUCAUCUAGCAUAAAAAGUACUCUUAAAGAAAUCUGGUUUUUUUCAAAGCUUCCUACCUGAUAGGGAAUUCAACAUGAAAAUAACUUUCAUCACGCUAAAAAAUUUCAGACUAAAUCAUGGUGAAUCUGGACGCCGGUCGAACUUUGCAGAGCACCAGAGAUCCACGUACGGGGAUAGAAAUUCCAGACCACGUCCUUCUCAAAGAAUAUCUCGACGUCCAACAGGUGAGCGACCCGAUCGUUACCAUCAGUCCCCAGAGGAAAAAAGCCGACCUCGUAAUUCGUUAGCAUACAAUUCAAAUAGCCGUAGUCGCAUAGUGAGAACAAACAAUGGUGUCCAACAAAGUCGUUCUCGUCAACCACGUUCUGAUGUGAUACGUAAUGCUUAUAACAUGCGACG